AUGAUAGCCACAUUACUGUGCAUUGGAGUAGUGAAUCCCCAGUCGAGUGGCCUCGGAGGCGGCUUUCUCAUGACGCUUUUCAAUGCGUCUACAGGCCGAUGCCAGACAAUCAACGCUCGCGAGACAGCACCUCUUGCCGCCACCGAGGACAUGUUCAAAAAUGAUUCAUCGCAGUCUGUUUAUGGGUAUCGUGCCAUCGCAACACCGUCUGAAUUGCACGGAUUCUGGACAGUGUUCAAAAAGUUCGGUUCUGGAAAGGUGAAGUGGGCGCGUCUGUUCGAUCCGUCGAUCAAGCUAGCCAUGAACGGAUUUCCUGUGUCCAGCAAUCUAGCCCAGCAACUCAGUGAUAAGGAAAGCCUGAUUCGAGCUGAGCCAACAAUGACGGAAAUCUUCGUAGAUCGAGCAACGGGUCGAGUUUAUGAGGAAGGCGACAUCAUGAAACGAGAGCGGUACGGAUUCACUCUUCAAUUAUUGGCCAAUGCCUCCGACCCAGUCGAUUUGUUCUACAAGGGAGGAAUGGCACAGACGAUCGCUGGAGAAAUCACCGACAACGGAGGUAUUAUCGACUCGAAGGAUCUGGCCAGUUAUGAAACGCUCAUCGACGAUAUUCCUCUAAUCGCCAGUGGACUGUCGGGCGACCUGGAGAUGUGCGGACCGCCGCCUCCAUCAUCGUUCGUGAUCACUCAGAGCAUCAUAGCUGUCAUGGCUGAAUUCUAUCGCGCUGGAAAGGUUAACCUGGACGACCCCUUGGUUUACCAUCGUCUUAUCGAAGCCGAGAAGUUUGCCUACGCUCAACGAACCAAGCUGGGUGAUGUGCGAUUUGUGGAGAGUGCGAAGGCACUCGUCGCCAAUAUGAGCACACCGAAAUACACAAAAUGGAUCGCUUCAUUGAUCAAGGAAACUGCCCAGCCGCAGGAAUACUAUCUGGGUGGUAUGACAACUCAGAAGCCACUCGAUCUAGAUGAGGUCCCCGAUCAUGGAACAUCGCACGUUACGAUUAUUGAUCAUGAAGGUAAUGCGAUUUCCUGCACGUCGACGGUCAACCAGAUUUUCGGUUCGAUGAGAGCAUCUCAAACGUUGGGUAUCAUCUGGAAUGAUCAAAUGGACGACUUCUCGACGCCCGGCGUAUCGAAUGCAUUCGGUUUCGCCCCGUCUGAAACGAACUUCAUCAAACCUGGCAAGCGGCCAAUGAGCAGCAUGAGUCCAAUGGUUGUGUACAACAAAAACGAUAACAAUAUUGUCAUGGUCGUUGGCGCAUCCGGCGGAUCAUACAUCAUUUCCGCUACUGCACAAGCAGUGAUCCGUACCAUGCUGUUCAAUCAGACUGUAAAGGAAGCUGUUGAUGCACCGAGGCUUCAUAACCAGUUUCUGCCCCACGUAACACAGUACGAGGAACCAAUGCCGAAGGAAAUCAUCACGAUGUUGAUUGAUGUGUACAAACAGAACAUGACUAUGGUUAGCAAGCAGAAGUCGGUCGUACAGGCUCUCGAGGUGCAUCCAGACGGUAUGUUUAGUCGCAAGCCGUUCUCUGUUGUUUCUAUAGACUGA